GCGGAACUUUAGAUGAGUUCUUAAAAUCUUCUAUCUCUCGUUACAGAAUUAUCGAAUUGACUUUUUUUUCAUCUAGAUAAAAUACUAUUAAGACGUAAUAUAAAAAACAAAGUUGUAAUUUUCAAAACCUUUAUGUCUGUUAAUCUCACGGUUGAAGCCAGCUUUACCGGCUCCAUCUAAACAUUUGGAUUUCAGCCAACCUAAAUGAGUUUCAGAGGUGACAGCGAUGAUGACGACAGCUGCUGUAAACGAAGAGUCGCGUAUGUUUACAGCCCGGAGUACAUCCAGACCUGCGACACUUUAUCCAAAGUGCCAAACCGGGCGAGUAUGGUCCACUCACUGAUAGAAGCCUAUGGACUGCUUCAACACAUGAGCAUUGUCAAACCCCACGUGGCCACUAUAGAGGAAAUGGCCAAAUUCCACACUGAUUCCUACCUGGAGCAUCUCCACAAGAUCAGCCAGGACGGAGACAACGAUGACCCCCAGUCCGCUGACUACGGCCUGGGCUAUGACUGUCCAGUGGUCGAGGGCAUAUUUGACUACGCAGCAGGAGUAGGGGGCGCUACGCUGACGGCAGCUCAGACUCUGUUGGACCAAAAGUGUGACGUGGCCAUCAACUGGGCAGGAGGGUGGCACCACGCCAAGAAGGAUGAGGCUUCAGGCUUCUGUUACGUGAACGAUGCUGUGCUGGGAAUCCUCAGACUGAGAGAGAAAUAUGAAAGAGUCCUGUAUGUGGACGUUGACCUGCAUCAUGGAGACGGUGUUGAAGAUGCCUUCAGCUUCACAUCCAAAGUUAUGACCGUUUCACUGCACAAGUUCUCGCCCGGGUUCUUCCCAGGUACGGGUGACCUGUGUGACACCGGGCUGGGUAAAGGCCGCUGGUACGCUGUGAACGUCCCGCUGGAGGACGGCAUCAAGGACGACAGAUACUACCAGGUUUUUACCAGCGUCCUGCAGGAGGUGCGGGCACAGUUCAACCCGGAGGCGAUAGUGAUGCAGCUGGGUGCCGACACAAUGGCGGGCGACCCUAUGUGCUCCUUCAACAUGACCCCUGUUGGGGUGGGCAAGUGUCUGCAGUAUGUCCUGCAGUGGCAGCUACCUACACUACUGCUGGGCGGAGGAGGUUAUAACCUGGCUAACACAGCUCGGUGUUGGACCUACCUGACAGCAGAAGUACUGGGAAAGACUCUCUCCUCUGAAAUACCUGACCAUGAGUUUUUUACAGAAUACGGACCAGACUACUCGCUGGAGAUCAGUCCGAGCUGUAGACCAGACCGCAACGACACCAAACACCUGGACCAGGUCAUCAGCACCAUCAAAGGGAAUUUAAAGAAUGUGGUUUAGGACUCAGGAGCCUCAACCUCCAUCUCCACACACACACACACACACACACACACACACACACACACACACACACACACAGGAGAACACACACCCCAUGUUUCCAAACCAGGUCGACACUCUGCGACUUUAAUGAAGACAAUAUGGAGCGGACCCCUUCGGCCCCGAGGCACGGAGCAAACGAGGGAGGGGGAAAGAGAAGGAGUUUUGGAAAACAUUAGCUGAGUGUUUCCAGGGGAAAACAGUUUUAAUAAGGGAUGGGGAUGGGGAGGGGUGGAUGUGGUUGGUGUACCAGUGUUCGCUGUUUUUAAUUCUUUGUUUUUUGGAAACGGUUCACGUGUUUGCGUGAAUGAGAGAGUUUAUGGUAUGUUCAGUGCGGUUAUGUAAAGCUGGGUUACAGCUGAGCGUUUUGGUAUCCAGAGGAGGGGGGGAGUGCAUCGGUCAGACGUAUUAAACCAAAUGGAAAAAGCAGAUUUUUCAGGAGUACGGUUUCACGGUCACCCCGCUCCUGCUGUGAUUUCAACCCCUCGAGGACCGAUAAGCGUUAAAGCAGACGAGUGGCCGUGUUUCCCCAAAAGCACCGUUAAACCUCGUUCUCGGUCUGAGAGGCCUGAAAAGUAUGUGAGAUGUCUGGCGAGGAAGAAAAAAAAAGCUGGAAAAUAGCCGGUUGCACAUUGUAGCCACAUUGUUUGGAGCCCUGGGCAAAGUCAAACAUCUGGAUGACGUUUGGAAUUUUACAUGGAAAAUAUGCAGAGAAAGUUAAAAAGGGUUAGUCUUUGGACAGGCAACAACAAAGAUUACAUGACCCUUAAGGAGAAUUUAGAUAGACACAGCAAACCCUCAACUGGUUUGGUCUACUCAGAAACUGGCUUCCACAGUAGGACUGAAGAGGAAACUAUUGAAUGAUCCUUUGUAGUUAUGCUGGUACCAACUGAAAUGCAUCCCAGACUAACAAAGGUUUGGAGUGAGUGUCCAGUCAAGUUUGUUGUUGUCUUUUUGUUGAUCAAAUGUUGAUUUAAAUUCAAGCAUCGCCUGUUUUAAACUGUUUUUAUUGUUGCUGUCUUUUUCACAUUAAACAUUUUAAAGAAUUGG